AUGAAGUAUUUCCCUACCUUGGCCCUCACUCUGGCCUCCGUGGCUACUGCGGACUGGGCUCUCUACUGCGGUGACUCUUGCACCGAUGGUGCCCUCGUUGCCUCCGGCUCAGAUGCCAUUGAAACAUGCCCCAGUCUUGGCGCAACAUACGACUACUGUUAUAUUCUCGCCGACUCGAUCUACUAUGUGGAUUGGUGGAAGGCUAUUUUCUACGAGAACGAUGAAUGUCUCAUCACUGGCGUGGCUGGAGGUCGCGAGAGUGCAGGCCUGUUCAAUGGGUCUUGUACUGUGGCUGGAGUUUGGAAAAAUUACAACGUGGUUGUGAAUGCUUAG